AUGAAUCUCAUCCUUCAGUAUGCAGAGUCGCUUGUAAUCAUGGGUGGAAGUUCCCCCUGCUUCAAGAGUGAGAUAAGUGAGAAGAGUGGGAUAAGUGAGAAGAGUGAGAUAAGUGAGAAGAGUGGGAUUAGUGAGAAGAGUAAGAUAAGUGAGAAGAGUGAGAUAAGUGAGAAGAGUGAGAUAAGUGAGAAGAGUGGGAUUAGUGAGAAGAGUAAGAUAAGUGAGAAGAGUGAGAUAAGUGAGAAGAGUGAGAUAAGUGAGAAGAGUGAGAUAAGUGAGAAGAGUGGGAUUAGUGAGAAGAGUAAGAUAAGUGAGAAGAGUGGGAUUAGUGAGAAGAGUAAGAUAAGUGAGAAGAGUGGGAUUAGUGAGAAGAGUGAGAUAAUGAGAAGAAGUGAGAUAAGUGAGAAGAGUGGCAUUAGUGAGAAGAGUAAGAUAAGUGAGAAGAGUGAGAUUAGUGAGAAGAGUAAGAUAAGUGAGAAGAGUGAGAUAAGUGAGAAGAGUGGGAUUAGUGAGAAGAGUAAGAUAAGUGAGAAGAGUAAGAUAAGUGAGAAGAGUGAGAUUAGUGAGAAGAGUAAGAUAAGUGAGAAGAGUGAGAUAAGUGAGAAGAGUGAGAUUAGUGAGAAGAGUAAGAUAAGUGAGAAGAGUAAGAUAAGUGAGAAGAGUGAGAUUAGUGAGAAGAGUAAGAUAAGUGAGAAGAGUGAGAUAAGUGAGAAGAGUGGCAUUAGUGAGAAGAGUUAG